AUGCCUCUAACAGAGACGAUGCAAGAUGGACACGGAGACAAGGACGGUGGUAGUGGUGAGUUCUGGGACGUAGACUUGGAAGCAGGGCGCUCCUCCAGUGGAGAGGACGCUGAUGGAGGAAGGAGUGUGGAAGACGAGGCGGGGGAGGGAACGACGGCCAAGAGAGAGACUGUGGUACUGAGGUUAGGGGAGGGUAAGCUGAGCGGUCCCAUGAGGUUUAUCACCUGCUACGCUUCCGUCUUCACCUUCGUCGUCAUGAUCGCCUUCAUUGUCUGGUUGUUGAUCAUCUCUCCACCCUUCACGGUGGAGCCGGAGAUGCUGCCGGGUAGAGGAGACUCGAACCCAGCUCCCCCAGACAUCACCCGCACCACACUCAUCCCCACCAACACGGAAACGCCGGAAUUUAGCGCAGAUUUCAACCAAGCCUGAAUCAUCUGGUCUGCCUCAGGCUUCACGUUCCUCUCAUAUAAUCACAUCCUGUAACUUAUUUUUUGUUUUAAAGAACAGGCGAUAAAUGGUGUAAGGCAAAAACCUGGAGCCAUAGAAACGUGGAGAUUACCUCCUUGUCGGAGUUCAUAUUAUUGAUCCUAAAAAAUCUCUCUCAAACAUAAACAAGAGACAUUUAUUAAAAUGACGUUUCGCCCA